AUGGAAGAAGUCUGUGAGGGAAAGGAAUUCUCAUUUCCUCGCGAGGAAGAGAAUGUUCUGUCAUUCUGGAAAGAAAAGGAUGCCUUCAAGACCCAGCUCAAGCGAACUGAGCAUCUCCCGGAAUACAUCUUCUACGACGGGCCUCCUUUCGCCACAGGUCUUCCUCACUACGGGCACAUCCUCGCCGGCACGAUUAAGGACAUCGUGACUCGGUACCAGACCAUGACUGGUCACCACGUCACGCGUCGCUUCGGGUGGGACUGUCAUGGUCUCCCAGUCGAGAACGAGAUUGACAAGAAGCUGAAUAUUAAGAAGAGAGAGCAGGUGCUUGAGAUGGGGAUCGAUAAGUACAACGAGGAGUGUAGGAGCAUUGUGACGCGCUAUGUUGAGGAGUGGGAGAAGGUUAUCACUAGGACUGGGCGUUGGAUUGAUUUCAGCAAUGACUAUAAGACCAUGGAUUUGCCCUUUAUGGAAAGUGUUUGGUGGGUUUUUGCUCAGCUUUUUGAUAAGAAUCUUGUCUACAGAGGCUUCAAGGUUAUGCCGUAUAGUACUGGUUGUAAGACACCUCUAUCUAAUUUCGAAGCGGGUCAGAACUACAAGGACGUUCCAGAUCCAGAGAUCAUGGUGACUUUCCCAGUUAUUGGCGAUCAGGAUAAUGCUGCUUUUGUGGCAUGGACUACGACUCCAUGGACUCUUCCAAGCAAUCUCGCUUUGUGUGUCAAUGCAAAGUUUGUCUAUGUGAAGGUUCGCAACAAGUACAAUGGCAAAGUGUACGUGGUUGCUGAAUCUCGUUUGUCAGCCCUUCCUGCUGAUAAGCCCAAGGCCAACUCAGCUAAUGCUGAUUCCAAGAAACCGAAUCCUAAAGCCAAAGGUGGUGCUAAACCUGACAGUGCUGCUGAUUCUUAUGAGGUUUUGGAGAAAUUUGAUGGAGCUUCCCUCGUUGGGAAGAAGUAUGAACCAUUGUUUGACUACUUUAGCGAUUUCGCAAGUGAGGCCUUUCGCGUCGUAGCAGAUAAUUAUGUAACUGAUGACAGUGGUACUGGUAUUGUCCAUUGUGCUCCUGCCUUUGGUGAAGACGAUUAUCGUGUUUGUCUUGAGAACAAGAUCAUUAAAAAGGGUGAGAAUCUAGUUGUGGCUGUUGAUGACGAUGGGUCGUUUACUGAGAGAAUCACCCACUUCAGUGGCCGGUAUGUCAAAGAUGCAGACAAGGAUAUCAUUGAAGCCGUGAAGGCCAAAGGCAGGCUUGUUAAAACGGGAAGUUUCACUCACUCAUAUCCAUUUUGCUGGCGAUCAGACACUCCUCUCAUAUAUAGAGCUGUUCCCAGUUGGUUUGUGCGGGUGGAGCAGUUGAAGGAACAGUUGUUAGCAAACAAUGCACAGACACACUGGGUACCUGAUUACGUGAAGGAUAAACGUUUUCACAAUUGGCUCGAUAAUGCAAGGGAUUGGGCCAUUAGCCGAAGUCGAUUUUGGGGAACGCCUCUUCCGAUAUGGAUCAGCGAUGAUGGGGAGGAAGUUGUUGUCAUGGAUUCCGUUGAGAAGCUUGAAAAGCUCUCUGGUGUCAAGGUCUUUGAUUUACAUCGACACCAUAUUGAUCAAAUUACAAUCCCAUCCAGCCGUGGACAUGAGUUUGGUGUUCUCCGUCGUGUAGACGAUGUAUUUGAUUGUUGGUUUGAGAGUGGUUCAAUGCCUUAUGCGUACAUCCAUUAUCCUUUUGAAAACAAGGAGCUUUUUGAGAAGAAUUUCCCUGGUCAUUUUGUGGCUGAAGGGCUUGAUCAAACUCGUGGAUGGUUUUAUACUCUCAUGGUGCUGUCAACUGCACUAUUUGGAAAGCCAGCAUUUCGAAAUCUUAUUUGCAAUGGUCUUGUGCUUGCUGAGGAUGGAAAAAAGAUGUCUAAGAAAUUACAGAAUUAUCCACCACCUUUGGAAGUCAUUGAUGAGUAUGGAGCUGAUGCUGUGCGAUUGUACCUGAUAAAUUCUCCGGUUGUACGCGCUGAGCCACUACGCUUCAAGAAAGAAGGAGUACUUGGUGUUGUCAAAGAUGUAUUCCUUCCAUGGUACAAUGCAUAUCGAUUCCUUGUUCAGAAUGCAAAGAGACUUGAGAUUGAGGGUUCUGCACCCUUUGUUCCUACUGAUCUGGCAAAAUUACAGUCAUCAAACGUUCUCGAUCAGUGGAUUCACUCAGCUACGCAGAGUCUUGUUCAUUUUGUACGCCAGGAGAUGGAUGGAUAUCGCCUUUACACUGUGGUUCCUUAUCUCUUGAAGUUCCUCGACAAUCUCACCAACAUAUAUGUUAGAUUCAACCGCAAGAGGUUAAAAGGCCGUACAGGAGAAGAUGAUUGUCACAUCGCUCUUUCAACUCUAUACAAUGUUCUCCUUACUUCUUGCAAAGUGAUGACCCCUUUUACACCUUUCUUCACUGAGACUUUAUACCAGAAUCUGCGGAAAGCUUGUAAAGGUUCUGAGGAAAGCAUUCACUACUGCAGCUUCCCGGAAGCGGAAGGAACGAGAGGGGGUAGGAUUGAGCAAAGUGUUACAAGGAUGAUGACAAUCAUUGAUCUUGCUCGGAACAUUCGUGAGCGUCACAAGCUACCCUUGAAAACUCCUCUACAGGAAAUCACUGUAGUUCAUCCAGAUGCGGAUUUCUUGAAUGACAUAACUGGAAGACUAAGAGAGUAUGUCCUGGAAGAGCUGAAUGUAAGAUCUCUUGUGCCGUGCAAUGAUACUCUGAUGUAUGCGUCUCUAAAAGCAGAACCAGAUUUCAGCGUAUUGGGAAAACGACUUGGGAAGUCAAUGGGGCUUGUUGCAAAAGAAGUCAAAGAAAUGUCUCAGCAAGACAUCUUAAGAUUUGAGGAGGCUAAGGAAGUUACUUUUGCUGGACACAAGCUGGAGCAAACAGAUAUCAAGAUUGUCAGGGUUUUCAAACGUCCGGACGGUUUGAAAGAUACAGAGAUUGAUGCGAAUGGAGAUGGUGAUGUUUUGGUGAUCUUGGAUCUACGAGCAGAUGAUUCGUUGUAUGAAGCAGGUGUUGCUCGUGAGAUCGUCAACAGGAUCCAGAAAUUACGGAAGAAGUCAGGCUUGGAACCAACAGACACUGUUGAAGUUUACAUAGAAUCAAUGGACAAAGACGAAUGUGCAUUGCAACAAAUUGUAAAAUCUCAGGAACAAUACAUAAGGGACAGCAUCGGUUCCUCUUUGCUUCCGUCUUCCUUAAUGCCAUGGCAUGCUGGCGUAAUAGCUGAAGAGAGUUACGAAAAUGUAUCAAAGUUGUCGUUUAAGAUAAGUUUGGCGAGACCGGCUUUGAUGUUCAACGAAGAGGCUAUUCUUGGUUUAUACUCAGGAGAUGCCAAGUUAGCGAGUGGGCUCCAGACAUACUUGCUAUCGAGGGAUCAAUGGAAUUUGAAAUCCGAAUUCCAAGCAGGACAUGGCAAGAUAAGUGUAAGCUGCAUUGAAAAGUUUCCAGCUGUGACAGUCCUUGUUGGGGAACAUGUUUAUCUCACAGUCGGGGAAUACUUUUUGACCAAGAGGAACAACAUCGCUUGA